AUGCCAUGGCGCCUCAUCAGCAAAACCGUCGGCUCGUUUCGCCAUCCAGGUCGGUUCGCAUGGAAUACUGCAGUUGGGGUCGCACUGGUAGUAGCAGCCAACGACUACCUGUUUGAAGUCCAGCCCAUUACCGGCCAGUCCAUGUCUCCCACCCUCUCGCCCGACUUCCACACCACCGGCUCCAAAGACUGGAUACUCUUCAGCAAGUGGAAGCCCUGGAAGAACGUAGAGCGCGGCCAGCUCGUGAGCUACUGGACGCCGCACGACCCAGAAAAGAUCAGCGUCAAGAGAGUCAUCGCUGUAGCAGGCGAUACCGUAGUGCCCAAGGACAGGGCGUCGGGCCAGCAGAGGUUUCCCUUUGCGAGGGUGACAGUGCCACAUGGGCAUAUCUGGAUAGAGGGUGACAACUGGAGGAAUAGCAAGGACAGCAAUGACUUUGGCGCCAUCUCACUGGGGCUCGUCACUGGCAAAGCGGCAUACAUAAUCAAGCCCUGGGAGAGGAUUGGAAGGGUGGGAUCGGACAAGUUCAAGAGCAGGUCAACGGUCAUCAAGGGUGGAGGAGUAGGCGGAUUUCCUGCGGGAUGGGACGGCUGA